AUGGCUCAUCAAGAAAUCUCGCCUGCCAUCCUCUACUGGGGCACCCCGGUGGUGUUGAUCAGCAGUACGAAUCCAGAUGGCAGCACCAAUCUGGGCCCGAUGAGCUCCGCCUGGUGGCUUGGAUCAGGGGCCGUUCUGGGUCUCGACGCCUCUUCGCAGACGACACAGAACAUGCUCCGCACGAAGCAGUGUGUGCUCAAUCUCGCAUCGGACAACAUGGCUCCGAACGUCAACGCCAUAGCCAGAACCACUGGCACGGACCCGGUCCCGGAAUCGAAGCAGGGAAGGGGUUAUACGUUCGCCAAAGACAAAUUCAAACGAGCGGGCUUGACGCCUCUUCCGUCCAGAAAGGUUACGCCGCCGGGCGUCAAGGAGUGUCCUGUGGUCAUGGAAGCCGAAGUGGUCGCCGUCCACGACAUGUUUGGCGGGAGGGCGGUGCAAGGUCUGGCCGUUGUGGUCGAAGUCAGGAUUCUGCGGAUCAGCGUUCAUCAGGAACUGAGGCUCAACGGGCAUCGCAACCGCGUGGAUGCAGACAAAUGGAAGCCAAUGAUCAUGAUGUUUUGUGACCUCUACGGCUUGAGAGAUGGAAAGUUGGAACCUUCGAAACUGGCUGAGAUUGAGGAGGAGAUGUACAGGCCGUGGACGGAGACGACGGGAGAAGCGGAGGAGGAGCUGGACAGCGGCGUUGCUGAGCAUGUGAUUGGAUUGAGUGCCUCGCAGCAGUAG